UAACAUUUGUAGCCCUCAAAUUAUGCUACUUGUUUGUGAUGAAUGCAAAUCAAAGAAAAAUCUCUUUAAACUUCUGCAACCACAAAAGCUUGCCAGUAAUGACGUGUAUCACUACCACCCUUAUCUUUUAAUUAAGGCUCUGAAACUGAUAUGCACCGUUUACCCAAAUACGAACAAGUGAUUUGCGUCAUCCGAGCCAUUUUUUUAGAGCGAAGGAACAAAUAUUUGGUGGGAUCUGUAAGGUGAGCUCUUUACGUGCACCAUUACAAUCUCAGUUUGUGUAAGCUCUGGAACUGUCAUUUAGAAGAACUGAACCUUAGGUGUUUUCCACUAAGUUCACCGUCCUAUCCACCCCUAGAUCUGUAUAUGAAUUGGGGUCCAAUGGAUUCAGAUGAAAUUAGUUCUGCAGAAAUCCAUGUCGUGGUGAUGCCUCUCCUCGCACAGAGUCACAUGAAUCAGCUCCUGCAUUUCUGCACAGCCAUAGCCGGACGAGGACUAAGCGUAUCGUUCGUGGCCACCUCCACCCAUAUUCACCAGGUCCGCCACCGUUUCGAAGGUUGGAACCUUCACAACUUCAAUAUUCGUUUCGAGGAACUGCCCAUGUCAGAAUUACCAGAUGGAGAGCCCAGCGCUGGAAGCACACAUAUGUUUCCCGUCCAUCUGGCUUCUCUAUUUGAUUGCGCGGACCUCCUACGCCCUCAAAUGGACAGCUUUCUAUGCAAAAUCUGUUCCUCCAAUAUCCAGAAAGUCGUGAUGGUGUACGAUGUGCAUAUGGGAUGGGUUCAGCCAUUGGCCGACAAGUAUGAAAUUCCAGCCUAUGAAUACAUGCCUGUGGGAAUUUAUCCCGCACUCUGGUUUGCCCAUAAACGGAUCGGCACUGAAUUCGCAGGGUUAGAGUUUUCGAGUCUUAAAGUGCCGCUUUUCCGGACCAUAACUGAACAACAUUUGAGGUUCUUGGAGCACCAGGAAUCGUUCCGCGGGCCUGCUAAAGGAACAAUCUUCAACACAUUCCGAGCAAUUGAACCAGUACGAUUCAUUGACUUGGCCGAGGAGAGGAAAGUUUUUGGCGACAAGCCUGUGUGGACAGUGGGUCCUCUCCUUCCCCAACAAUUGUUGAGCGAGGAACCGGCUGCGGCAUUGAGGACGGAUUGCGAGUGCACGAGAUGGUUAGACAACCAUCCUCCGGCGUCCGUUUUGUACGUCUCUUUUGGCAGCGUUUCUUCUUUGCCCGCAGAACAAAUCCAGGAAGUGGCAGUGGGAUUGGAGCGCAGUGGACAACCUUUCGUGUGGGUACUUAGGUCCUCCGACACAUCCAGUUUUUCCGCGGAAGCGGAUUCGAAUGGGAUAUGUGAGUUUCUGCCUGAAGGGUACGAGAGCCGAAUACGAGGACGCGGCUUUAUUGUGACCAAGUGGGCGCCUCAGCUUGAGAUACUGUUCCACAACUCCACGGGAGGAUUUUUAACACAUUGUGGGUGGAAUUCGACGGUGGAGAGCAUCUGCGCAGGAGUGCCCAUUGUCGCCUGGCCUCUGCAUUCCGAUCAGUUCGCCAACGCUAAGCUUUUAGCUUGCGAGUUGAAGAUAGGUGUGGAAGUGAAGGAAUGGAGUAAUACAGAGGAGUACGAGAUGGUAAGUGCGGAGGAGGUCCAAGUGGCCGUGAAACGAUUGAUGGUGAGUGAGGAGGGAAUGCAAAUGCGGAAGAGGGCGCAGGAUUUGAGAGCUCAAACCCGGAUGGCGAUUGCGGAUGGAGGCUCUUCGUCCGACCAAUUCGAUUCCCUUAUCGAUCACUUCUCCCAUUAAAGCAAAAGAUCCAUUUGCUAGCAAAAGAUCCCAAUUCUACGCUCUCACUUAGCUCCUUUUCUGAAUUUCUGUCUGUUUCUGCUUUACAAAUGUCAGAAUCUCUAUGUUUAUAUUAAAAAU